UAGAAACCUCUCUCCACUCUCGCCCUCUCCGCUGAGACCAAAGCAAAGGCUCUGUUAAAAUGUUGGUACGGUUGACGUGGUCGCGAGGCAAGAAAUGGAGCGUUUAAAAUGGGAUUCCACCCAUUUCUGACGUGGCCGUGUGCCGCGCUCCCUCUUGUAUAAAGAGUGGCUGAGCCUAGAGCACCGCGUCAGUGUUCGUGGACAGCUCCGUGGUGCUGAAGUCGCUCCCGUGUAACUCGCGGUCUCGGGCGACGCUUCGCUUCUCCUUUCCCACCUCCCCACUCCUACUCUCCUCGAAAGAUGUCCCGCGGAAUCUUCAGCAGAUACUUCGUCCUCUUCUUCCUCUUGGCCAAAGCGGCGGCGCAAGAAUUCGCCCAGACGCGUUUUAUCUGCACUUCUAUCCCUCUGGAGAUGGAGCCCAUGUGUUCUGCUCCGAUGCAGAACAGCGGUCCGGUGGAGGACAUCAAGGGGACCAUACUCCAGCUCCGGGAAACCAUACUGCAACAGAAAGAGACGAUAAUGAACCAGAAAGAGACCAUCCGGGAGCUCACGGCCAAGCUUAGCAGAUGCGAGAGUCAGAGUCUGUCAGAGCCCUCGGUGAGUGAAACAAGAUCCGCGCAGGGAUUCAGCAUGGAACAGUCAGGGGGCAGUAGAAAUUCCGUGGCAUAUCUCUCUCUAGAUCAAGCGGACACACUAAAUCAAUUUGGACAAACUUUGCAAACACUCAAAGCACGCCUGGAGCAAUUAGAGCAGUACAACCGAGUCAACACCACCGCCCAGACAAACACCUUGAAAGACCUCCUGCAGAACAAGAUAGACGAUUUGGAGAGGCAGGUUCUGUCCCGGGUCAACAGCCUGGAAGAAACAAAAAACCUGGUGAGGAACGACACGACGGAGAAUCGGGGCAAGAUUGAGAACGCUCUCAACUCUCUUCACCAAAGGAUCAGCGAUUUGGAGAAAGGGCAGAAGAAUUCCAGGCCGACUGAUAAAUUCCAGAUCACAUUUCCCCUGAGAACAAACUACAUGUACGCCAAGGUGAAGAAGAGCCUGCCCGAGAUGUACGCCAUGACCGUCUGCAUGUGGCUCAAGUCGAACGCCUCUCCGGGCGUCGGCACCCCGUUCUCCUACGCCGUCCCGGGACAAGCGAACGAGCUGGUGCUCAUCGAGUGGGGCAACAAUCCGAUGGAGAUUCUAAUCAACGACAAGGUGGCGAAACUCCCUUUCGUUAUCAAUGAUGGAAAAUGGCAUCACAUCUGCGUUACCUGGUCCACAAGAGAUGGCGUCUGGGAGGCAUAUCAAGAUGGCAUGAAGAGAGGGAAUGGUGAAAACCUAGCACCGUGGCAUCCCAUUAAACCAGGUGGCAUCAUGGUUCUGGGCCAAGAGCAGGACAUGUUAGGAGGUGGGUUUGAUGCCACACAGGCCUUUGUGGGCGAGAUGUCGCAUUUCCACAUGUGGGACAGGGUCCUGACUCCCGGAGAAGUCUACAGCCUGGCCAACUGUAGCACCAAGACCCUGGUGGGCAAUGUCAUUGCGUGGACUGAAGCCAACGUGGACAUCUACGGCGGCGCCACCAAGUGGACAUUUGAAGCCUGCCGCCAGAUUAAUUAAUUAGUGAAGGGACUCUCUCUUUUACGACUCCAAAAUCAAAUUUCUUUUUUCAGGAAUGAAACGUAAAAGAAUUUUGUGCAAAAAAUUACUUAAGUUCGUAAAGUAUUUACAAUACCUUGCCAUGACAACUGGAUCAUGCUUCUCAGGCCUAAUAUAGAGGGAGUAUCAAAAAGAUUUUCUUCGAACUUCCGCUAACAGCAGAUGACCCGAGGAAAGCAAUGUGCUUUAAAUACCCGCUGGUGUGUUUACUUGAUGCCAAUAAGCCCGAGUGCCUUUGGCAGGUACGAAAUGCAACAAGUAGUUUCUCUUUUCUCAUUUCCGUUUGCAUAAGUCAAAACAAAACCCACAUUAUUUGAGAUAAUUGCGUUAUAGGAACACAUCUUGUUAAUGCUAUGGCUAUGUACGCGUAUUUCAAAAUACACUCGAGUAUCAACCAAGACAUGGCUAAAUAUGUCGAACAUGUACUGGUAAAUUGAAGGUGUAGAAUAAAGUGGAAGUAUUUUUUUAAAGGAACAUUCCAUCCUAUCACAUCAUUUGCUUACAGCAUGGCAACUCAAUAAUGUGUGCGUUUAUUUUGAACAGCCGUUCUUCCAGCUGGACAUCGCCAGAGGGAAUAAAGAACAAACGAAAUGUCGCGCCCUCUAGCGACAAGUAUUUUUUACAAGAAAAGAAAUUUUGCAAAUGUACGAAGAUUUUUAUUGAAUUUGAUGCCUGAAUGAGGACCUUUUUCCCAAAAAAAAUAUUUAGAUGAUAAAAUAUUGUUUUUGCCAAACAUUGGUUCUUUGCAAGUCAAAUAUUUAUAAAUGUAAAUAUUGUACACUAGGAAGUUCUAUAUACUGUACCAGAAUCUAUUACACCGAAGCCAAAGCUUUAAAUAUUCCAACUCCAGAUCCACAUCCAACAGUAAAUCUCAUUUCUGGAUAGCGUACGAUUAGAGAUUACAUUAUGCAACCAUUUCUUAAGAAAGCGCCGUUUUUAUGUCAUUUAUGCUUUUUUUUCAUUUAAUGCAAAUGUGACAUGUACUGUCAGUUUUAUUUUUACACAAUAAAG